CAAAUGGGUCCACUGCAACAGCAGACGUCGUUAGGAAGCAGCUGCUCUUGUGCUAAUGAUCCAAAUUUUGCGAUAAUAUGUGCUUUUCUGCAGAAAUUUGGAUGUGACCUGAAUAUUGAUAUUCCGAAUUUUAAACAGCUCCUGGAAUGGCUCACCAAAACUGAUGAAGUCGCCGCUCCUCUAAAGGAUUUGCAUAUAAAGUUGAUGCGUAAGAAUCGUAAAACUGUACAUGAGAAAAGCUGGGAAUCUGCGUUAAGUAAAUUUUGUUUUUCCUAUUCGGCACAAGAUGCUUGGGAAAUAGAACGAUUUGGAUAUAAAAACGCGAGUUUUAAAGUUAAAUUAAGAGUACUAAAGGAACUUCUUGAAAGUCAAUUCGAACGAAAUACAAAAUUCCGAGCUAAAAUUCUUACACAAUCGGCCGAGUCACUCAGGUCGGAGCCCAUAGGACGCGAUCGACUGGGACACGCAUACUGGGUUACCCAAGACAAUGAUUCCAAUUUAAGAAUUUAUCAGGAGCAUUUGGAUGAAGAUAUAUGGCAAGUUGUAGCUACUAACCGUGAAGAGUUUGUUAAUUUAAUAGAAAGAUUGCGAGGAAACGAAGUUGUAUUGCCUUCAAAUGAUAUUGGUAUAGUUGAUGAGGACACCAGCAGCAGCAAUAGCAUUACAGCAUCAAUCAUUAAUCACAAUCCAGAAGAGAUACCAGCCGAAAUAGUUGGCGAAGAACUAAAAUUACCUAAAUUAAGUAUAAAAAUAUCAAAUAAAAGUUUUAAUGAUGGUGAUAUUAGUGAGGCUUCCAAAAAAGGUGAAGAAGUUGCUAAAAAUAAAAAUGAGUAUUCAAAAAAUAAGGAUAACUCUGCUUGUGAUGUAAACCCAGACAAUGAAGAAGUACGUAAAAUUGGGGAAUAUAGUAAAUCCGUAGACAGCAGAAGAGUUGAGCCCCUAAAAAUAUCUCAAAUGCAAACAGCCAAUAUGGAUAAGGAUGACCAGGAAUCUACAGGCGAUAAUGAAAAUGAAUGUGAAGAAGAGAACAAUGAAGAUGAGUGCAAUAGUGAGAAAAGCAAAAACGAGGAAAAUGAUAGAAGAGUUGAGCCAAUACUAAUAUCACAAAAGCAAAUAAUAUGUAAGGAAAAUGAACAAAAUAAUUCAAAAAACUCCGGUAGAAAGCGACAGACGAGCGAAAGUCGCGAAUUAUCAUGGCAAAAAGAAGAUGAUAACAACGACUCCGUUCGGGAUGAAAAACAUUUCCUUCCAGACAAUAAGCGAUACAAAGUAUCAAAAAAAUGUGACGAUGAAGACAACACUGGCGAAGAAGAUAGAGAAUACAGUGAGGAGGAAACAAAAACAGAAGAGGAUAUUGAAGAAGAAGAUAUAGAUUCAGCUGCGGCGGAAGAAGACGAAAACGAAGAAAAGUUAAUUGAGGAAUUUGAUGACGACGAUAUUCCUAAUGUUGUAGUUGGAGAAGCUAUCACUGAUCCUGUUCUCCAUAUACAAGGAGAGGGUUCAGGCAAAGAUUGUGAAUCUGAAUUUUUCAAUAGUGUUAGCUACAGCUUUGACGAUAAUCAACAGUUUUGUGUGAGCGAUGUCAUUGAAGAUGAUAUCAUUUUUGUAUGCGGAGAAGGAUCAGGCACAGAUUGUUUAAUUGGCAAUGCAAAAAGCGAGAAUAACGUGACAAGUGACUCUACGCAGAAGGACAAGCUAGAAGUUGACUCAGUUAAUGAACCUGAACAAAUAAAUUCGAGUCACCAAACAGAAGGAGAUGUUGAUCUCGACAGUAGAAAAACUGUUAACGAGAUAGAAAAUAAGGAAACAAAAAAUGAAAUUGCAGAAAACAUUCAAAAUGAUGUUGAGGAAGAGGGCACUGAAAUAUUAGGUUCUCAAAACUGUACCCCAAAAUCCCGAAUAACAAGAAAUCUUAAAAAUAAAACUAUUGUAACCAUAGAUAAAGCCGACGAGAAAAAUAGAAAGAAACCGGCAUCUACUGAUGUUGUAGGGGCAAAUGCAGACAAAGAUUCGAUUAUAUCAAAAACGGUUGAAGAAAAUGAUGCAAACCCUCCUAGUAUCAAUCGAAAGAGGCGGUUGGCUAACUAUUCCACUCAACAAAGUCAUAUUAAUUUGCAGUCGGAAAGCGAAAUAGAUAUAAACUCGGAAAACACUGAAGACUACAAUAAUGAGCAAGAUUUGGACGUAGACGAACACGACGUCGGCGGAAAGCGGCUGAAAAUGCGACAGAAGCAAAGCAAUACCGAGUUAAGAAAAAAAGUUGAGGCGAUGAAAGCAGCAGUGCAAGAGGAUAUUAAUUCAUCGAGUGGAGGUGAGGAGUGUCCGCAAAGAAGAAGAAAAUUGACUUCACCAAAGAAACACAUCGAAAAGGAAGUCAUUAAGUCCGAACCAACCAACACGUCAGACAAUCGCCCCUCUCCAUCAAAUAACCUUAAUGAUUCACAUGCAAAUAUUGUUCACAACAAAACAACUUCAAAGACUACGGAAAACAAUCCCUCGAAUGAAGAUCUAUCUGCAAGAGACACAUCUUCGACCGUAAUAAAACAGAGGAAAACAUUGGAGGAAAUUAUUGACAAAAAGUUGAAACAGGCGCACGAAGAAAGCGAUGCUGGCACUUGUCCUAAGAAAAGCGUAAAGAAUCAUUCAUCGUCAUCGAAAAAAAGCCCUGUAACAAAGCCUUUAAAGAAAAAUCUAUUAACCCAAAUUUGGCACGAAGAAAAUGAAAUGAAAAGUACUACUGAAAAAUCAUCAAGUACAAAAUAUGACAAAAUAGACGAGACCACUUCCGUAGUAGACAAUAGAAAUAAUCAAGAGCGCCAAAGAAAGCGACACAGUAGCGAAGAGGCGGAUCAACAUGUUAUCACAGAGGAGCCCGAAGCAAAGAAGGAAGUACCACGAAACGAUUUCGGUGUACAAGGUAAAACAGAUGUUCCAUCCACGGGAGAUUCUGAAACUGCGAGUAUUGGUCGUAGAUCGACGAGGCGGGGUAAUGGAAGCAACAUCACAUCUAAUAAACCGAAGGUGCAUGAUAAGAAAAAUUACACAAUGCCUGAAUCAAAUAAUUUGAAAGAUGUGCCUGCGAACAAAAGGCGUGAAUCAGAAAAGGCUUCCAGCGAAGACGGUUCUCCAGUUUCAGUAAGUCAAAAUAAAUCUGUUACAAAAGAGGAAGAUGCAACUGAAUCUGAAAAGGCUUCCAGGGAAGAAGGUCCUCCAGUUUCAGCAAUUCAAAAUAAGACUGCUAAGAAAGAGGAAGAUGCAACGGAAUCUAAAAAGAAAUCAAUGGAAAAGCCGACUUCAAAAGAAAAAUCGCCAGUAAUCCCCGAAAAAAACACUUCUAAAAUCCAGCCGUCAACAAAAAAAGUAGUGAAAGGAGUCCGUAAGCAACGUGAGGUUGACACCACAAAUAUUAUUGAUACCAACGACGCGGAAACACCAGUACGACAAUCAAGGAGAAUAGCGCAGUUAAAAAUUAGAGAGGAAGCGGAACGUCGCAAACUUGAGGAAAUUGCCUUAAGGACUAUGAAACAGGAAUUAAAGAAGAAAAAGAAGGCAGAAAAACAAGCAGAUCCAACAGUCUUGCCACCUUCAGAACCCUCAUCAGAAUCGGCGGAGAGUGACAUUGAUACGAAGAAAAAAGUGCAAAAAAAGAAAUGUCCGGGCAAGAAUGGCAGUUGGUCAUCAGGAUCGGAAGAACAGGAAGAACCAGAUGAAGAAGAGGACGAGGAGCAUCAUCAUUAUGAGACGGACCCUGGGUCUCCUCUUUUCAAGUCUGAUCAUGAAUUUUCCCCCGAAUCUGAUAUUGAGGAUGAAACUCAAGUAGUACCAACGAAAAGGGCACGUACUGCUCGCAAAGAAAAUGAUGUAGACAACGAACCAGAUGAGGAAGAAGCUUGCCAAAAAUGUCAUAAAUCGGACCAUCCCGAAUGGAUAUUAUUGUGUGAUAAAUGUGACAAGGGUUACCAUUGUUCCUGUCUUUCGCCCGUACUUUUUUAUAUCCCAGAGGGUGAUUGGUAUUGUCCCCCAUGCCAACAAGAACAAUUGAUAAAAGCAUUAGAAGGACAGUUGAAGGAAUUUGAUGAAAUGGUUGAGCGUAAGAAACAAGAACAGGAGGAAGUUAAACGCUUGGAGGAGAAAGAAAACGCAAGGCGGAAAGAAGAAGAGGAACUUUCAAGUCAGAACAAAAGAAAAUCUAAAAAAUAUGAUAAUGGUCGGGAUAAUAGCAGCAGCGAUAUUAAUACUGAUCCAAGUGCCGAUAGUGAUGAUCAAUCGAAUUCUGGUGAAAGUGAAAUUGAAAACAAGAAAUCAUCGAAAAAUAAUACAAUUGACAAACGCAGACGAAAUGAUCGUCGACAAUAUUCAGGUCGUAAUACUAGAAGUCAUAGACGGAAAACCCACGUUACAAGCGACAGUAAUUCUCGUGGAACCUCCAAUUCAGAAAGUGCAUCAAAAAGCGAAUCCUCGUCUUCAUUUUCUGAUAGUGAUGACGAACCAAUAUAUAAAUUAAGGAAAAGAAGGCAAUUAAACGUUAGUUACAGAUUAAAUGAAUAUGAUGACCUUAUCAACUCUGCGCUUAAAAAGGAAAUGGACGAGGUUGCUGGAGCAGGUAAUUUAGGCCGAGGAAAAGAUAUAUCAACGAUAAUAGAAGCAGAUAAAGAGGAGAAAGCUCGGCAGAAGCAUCUGGAAAGUUCAGAUGUACAGGUGGAAAAAGAGGAAAAGGCUGAUGAUAGUACUGAAAAAGGUGACACAAAAAAUAUUGAAAGCGAGAGCGAAGAUGAGCUAAUAAAGGACCUGGUUCAGCCUAAGUCAACAAUGAAGAAAAAAUCACGUAAACUUACAACGCUAGAUAUUAGUUCAGAAGGCGACGAUGCGUCAGAUGAAGAUUUUAAGGGUUCGUCGGUGGACGAAGAAGACGAGAGUUUUGGUUCGUGUUCAAUAAAUAGUGAUUCAAGUCUGGAAAUAUAUAAACGUAAAGGUAAUUCGAGAAAGAAGCAGAGAAAAGCAGCAAGGCGUGCUUUCCGAGAACGUCGCAGGGAUAGAAAAUUUAUAGUAGACAAUAGCGACGACGAUGAAGAGGUACAAAAACCAAAAUCGAAGAAGAAGCGAAAAGUUGAAUCUGAUUAUACUGAAAGUGAAUUAGACGAUGACGACUUGUCUGAACUAUCAAAUAAUAUCGAUAGUGCUGAUUUAUGUGAUGAUACCACCACCGAUGAAUCGGAUGGCGCUUGGCGACCCAAUAAACGCAAAAAAUCUAAAAAAUCUUCCCUGUCGGCUUUGGGAAAAUCUUCCAAAGCGAAAGCCAGACCUUCAAAUAAAUCCAAGAAGGAAAUAUAUUCGGACGACGAUAUAACUGAUACUGAUGAAGGUGAAAAUGACGAUGAUAGUAACGAAGUGGCUGGAAGUGGAAAACAACCGCGUUCGCAACCACUAAAAACGGGUACAAAUCCAAACAAAGCAAAAGUUAAAAAAGUGGUCAACAAAAAAUGCUCAGAUGAAGAGAAAAGUUUUUCGGAUAGUGGCGACAGCACAAGACGCACUCGUGGAAGAAGGUAUGCUUACAUAGAGGAUUUCGACGAUGAUAGUUCAGAUGGUGGAAUUAAACCUGGCGUCAAACGUCCAGAUACGCCACCAGAGGAACGUGAAAAAUUCAUAAAGCGCCAGGAAGAGAUUAAACGUAUGUUAGCAGAAAAAAAUGCUGAAGGAGCAAAACUAGUUGCUACGCCUCGUCUUACACCUAUCAAAAGUGAACCUGAAAAGGAGAAAAAAUCACCUUCGAAAUCAGGGGGAGAUGCUUUGUCUACCGUACCGAUGUCCGUAAUACGACAAGCCAAGGUACUAGACAUUGAUUAUCUGCAACGCCGGGGUGAGCCAUUAGAUGAUUCGCUCAAUGAUGUGGGCGAUGUGGAUGAUGAAUUCGAUGAUGCCGAUUUACCCGAUGAUCUGCCUGAUGAUAUGGAUGAAGAUGCCAUUGCACGUAUGGUUGAAGACGAAGAGGAUUUUGCUGCUGUUACAACAAGGGAUUUACCACCACCUGACGAGAUAAUACGAACCACACCUGCCUCUAUAAAAACUAAACCGAAAGCUGUAGAAAAUAUACCGACUACGGAUAAAAAUACCGAACUUGCAGCUGCACCUCUACAACCAGUGAUAACUGCUUCUCCUUCUGGGCUCCAAGAACCUGUUAGAAAACGCUUUCCUAUGCCUACAAUGCAUCCUCCCCUUUUACGUCACCAACAGCAUGACAAUAUGCACGGGGUGCAUAAUGCAGUUCAACGUAAUAUUACUCCUCAUUUGACUCAUUUAUUACAGAAUGCUCUAUCCUCGCCCGUAAAUCAAUCGUUCCCUAGUUCAUACUCAAUGCCACCAACUUCACAAAAUAAUCAAUCUCUAAUUUCUCGAAUGACAAACAAUGCACAAGUACAAUCUUCUCCAACUCCCGUCAAUCCUCCAUGUCGAACGUCUUCACCUUUAAUUGUUAAAUCGACACAGCAAAUAAAUAUGCAGUCGCAAAACAAAGCAUCGGCUCCAACGCCCGAGUCCGAAGUUAAGCCCCGAGGACGUCGAAAGAAAAUUACACCACUACGGGACACUUUACAAAAGCAACAGACAGCGGCUGCAGUAGCUGCAGCGGCUUCUGCUUCUACUUCAGCCAGUAUUGCAAAUUCAUCUACUGGAAUAAUUAAAUCUCCAUAUUCGUUCAAAACAUCCGAUAGUGUUACAAAGGAAUCUCCACCCACUAAGGUUCCCGAAGCACAAGGAAAUAUAACUGCCCCUAUUCAGCCUCGUUCCUUAAACACAAUCCAAGCUGGACAUAUAUUUGCGGGAUCAGAAGGUUUUUACGGUGCUCCUCCAUCAUCGCGCAUUCCACCUUCCAACACUCAACGACAUCGGGGUCCGCCACCAAUACCACAAGGCCAUUUACUACCCCAUUCAGCAGUACGACACACGUAUGGCCCACCGCCCCCGCUAAAGGGAACAAUAACUACACCACCAUCAUCUAGUUCCAGCAAUAUAAGACCCCAGGUGCAUUUGCCACCUUUUAUUGGAAGUGUGCCACCAGCGAGACAUUCUGGCUCUCACCUCAAUGUAUACGGACCACCUAUAUACGGAAAUCCAACUUUUGUCCAUC